GCUACCGCUAUAAAAAUCGAUCUAACACAGUUUUAUGAAUGAACAAGUUGCGAAUCCCGUUCAUGAAGAAUCAGUCGAUCGCGAAAUGCGUUGAUUUGUAUCAGGCAUCUCCGCCAGUUGACACCACUACCAUAAUACUCCAUUUGGUGCUAAUCAUUGGCGGAUUAAUCUCCAACGUUUGCCUACAUUCCAUGUUCUCAGGUCGUCCAAAAUUGGGCACCGCGAGUUUUGCGUAUAUUCGGAUUAUCGGAAUGUUUCAACUCGCGUUCUUCAUUACACCGUUUCCCUUGAAAAUUCUUACGGAUCAUUACCAGGCCGGCCGAACAUGGAUUGCCGCCAAUUUUUUGCCAGUUCUCCUUGCUCUUUUUCACUUCGUCAUAUCCACUCUCUGUCUUUGUUUCACAAUACGAUUAUUACUACUUUUGAAUUGUAUUAGGAGAUGUCGACGAUGGAGUUCGGUGUCAUGGGUCGCUUGGCAGAAGAUCUUCUGUUUGUUGCCGUUCGGUACAAUUGUCAAUGUUCCGCUAUGCUUUGAAUGGGUUAUCGACUACGAGCAGUGUGUGUAUGGAAAAGAGCUCUACGCAAUUGGCCGACCUCACUUAUCUGAAGCAGCAAUGCAAAAUCACAUCAAAACAGACCUGAUUCGUAGUUUCCCUACUCUAAUCUUCUGGAUAACUGCCUUCUGCACCUUGGUAUUUUUCGCUGCUGAAAAGUGCAUCCUGCCAAAGCUCAGCAGUCCAUAUGCGGCGAAGCAUAUUCCAUUGUUCUCAAAUCUGCAACCUCUACUCAUUGCAUUUAUUCUGUCCCACUCGACAGUUCACAUAUUCACCACAUUUCAUAUUCUACGAGGAUGGCAGAUUUCUGAAUCGACUAGGAACCAAAUGUACGGAAUCUCCUACUCUCUCCCAUUUCCCCUGAUGCUGGUCCUGUCAAGAACGUUUCGAUCGCACUUGUUUCACCUAAUCAGUAAUUUCUUUCAAGGUGUCGCUCGACGGCCAAAGAUUCGAAAGGAUUCUGCGCUGCGGAAAAUGACAUCACAAAUUGCUCGGCACAUGGCGUUCAGCAAAUUGGAAAUGGAGAACUCGGAAUUGGAUGAGAGAAUGUAUUCGACAGCAAAGUUAACCAAUAUGCGAAGCUAUCUUCGUGACGACGCCGUGUACCGCGUCCGCUUUGCCAUACCCCAGCAAAUUGUGCAAAUAAUCCAGGAAGAAGAUGUCUCCGACGAGAACACAAUUUUUAGUCAUUAAAAACUUAAAAAAAACAUUUAUUUUAUAAAAAAUGGUUCUUUCAAUUGGAAGUUUGAAAUAAA